AGCCUGUAUCAAGAGUCGGAUGCUUAACCGACUGAGCCCCCCGGGUGCCCCUAGGCUGCUUGCUCUUCAAGUCAAGACAACUUCACGGAAUGAGAAAAGAGUCUACCCUCUUUACCCAGGGUAGACAACUUCCCGACUUUUAAUACAUCAGUUAGACUUGCCCCAUUUAAAACAAUACCGUACGUGGUAUCUGGCUUAAUUUUUUUUCAUUCAGCACGUUUGUGAGGCACAUCCAUGUUGUAAUCAUCUGUGGCUGUUGUAUGCUCGUCGCUGUGAGGGAAUGCAGUAUUUGCUUUAUUCCUGCGCUGUAAUACACUAUUUGGGUUGUCUUCUGUCGACAGUUGCAAUGACGAGGCUACACCGAACCCUCUCGUACGUGUCUCUCGGUGCACACGGGGCUGUGCCUGUUGGGGAUACGCCUGGGAGUGCAUUCGUGUGUCCAACUCACGCGUCCAUACCGCCCAGACAAAAGCUUCUCAAAGGCAGGAAACGUGUUCGCACAUCCCUACCUCUGUCACCCCGCGCAGCACCUGCUGCCUAGUAACCGCUCGCCACUCGUGAUUCUCUUUCCAGGGCACCCUCGGUGUACCAGGUCAUUGGUCAAGCCCCGCUUCUCCCAAUACCAAGAAGCCUGUCUAUUUUUAGGCAGAAAGGAAGAGUAUCCAGUACCCUCUGCCCACAGCUUUACUCAGUAGACCCGAUAAAUGUGCUCAUUCCUGAUAAGCAUUGUUCCCCCAAACCUAUAAAUGUCCCAGUUUUGUGUCCUCUCCCCUCCACUCCGCUGUUUCAUCGGCUUUGCUUUCCUGCACAGGAGAGGUGGGAGAGCCGAGGGAACCUCAGAACAUGAAGAUCCUCUUUCUUUUUGCUGUUCUCUUCUAUCUGGUCCAAGUUAACUCAGGGGAUAUUCCACCUGGAAUUAGAGAUGUUAUCUGCCUUACACAACACGGAACCUGCAGACUUUUUUUCUGCCAUUUUGGUGAGAAAAAGGCUGAGAUCUGCUCCAAUCCCUGGAACAGGUGCUGUGUACCAAGUACAGAGGCAGAAAUAAGUAAUAAACCGGAGAUGGUUGGCAAAAAAAGAGAACCCUGAGACAUCAUGUGUCAGCUUCUGGAAGGCAGGAGGGCUCUUGAAGUAUCUCAAGGGCUCAGAAGAAUGUGUGGCUUGUCGAAGGUGCUCAAUAAAAGU